CCAGUCCUUAGUAUUCAUUUCUGGCCUCUGCAGUUCUCUCAAACUUUAACUCUGAAUGUAAAGUGGAAUGUUACGGCUGAAUACACGUGGAGCGUGUUCGAAUGAAUACUGCGCGUGCGCGGAGCGUGUUUGUGCGCGCAUGCGCGGUACGAGUUCCAGUGAUGGCGGCUGCUCGUGUGGCCCAGAAUCAUUGAGAAAGUUCUAGAUCAGUAUUAAUUAACGGAGUGAUGAGGCUCUGCUCAGAGUAACUACACCUUCCUACACCUAUUCCGACUUACGAUGGCAGAAGGAAACAGACGUCACCCUCAGAAUUUGCAGGGAGUCCUGCGAUUGGCUGUUGAAGCUGGCUCCGCCUCCGAUGGCCCCACCACAAACGAGUCCAUGUCUCAGGAGAGGAUCGAGUUCCUGCGGGGAGCCUUGUCCGAGGUGUGUAAGGGUCAGCUGGACGAGGUGGAGCAGAUGAAACGGUGUGUGUCGGUGCUCCUGCAGGACAAGGGAGAAGGACGAGAGGAUGAAGAGGUCGAGGACGAGAAAGAAGCGGCGCUGGAGAUGCUGUGUGACCUAUGUGACAAUCUGGACAACGCAAGAGACCUGAUGAAGCUGGGCGGGCUGGAAGUGUGUGUGUCUCGAUGUGUGUGUCACACUGAGGCAGGUGUACGGUGGCGCGCGGCUGAGCUGUUGGCCUGCUGUGCUCAGAACAUGCCCGAGGUGCAGCUGUACUUGCUUCAGCAGGGGGCGCUACACACACUGCUGCAUCUCACUGACCACGACACACACCCCACUGUGCGUGUCAAAGCACUUUACGCUGUGUCCUGCCUUGUGCGGGAACAAGAAGUGGGGCUGCGUGACUUCCUGUCACAUGACGGAUUUUCUGUGCUGAUGAGGGGGAUGCAGUCGGACUGUGAGAAACUGCGGACCAAAUCGGCCUUCCUGCUGCUCAACCUGCUGACCAGCCACCCCGAUCACAGAGAUACAGUGUUGUGUAUGGGGAUGGUACAGCAGUUGGUAGCAGUUCUGCGUUCUCCACACUCCUCUGAACAUGAGCACGUACUUGGCGUCCUCUGCUGUCUGGUAGAGGACAGUGAGAGGGGUGUGUGUGACUGUAGAGAUCCAUCUCUGGGUCUUGAGGAGCUGCUGAACCAGAGGAUACGGGACCUACUGGGUCGAGAGGAGAGCCAGGAGGAGGUGGAGUUUUGUGAGCGAUUGCGAGCGGCUUGUUUCCGAUCUCAGCCUCAGGAGGAUAACGUGAUGGAUCGCUGAGUUCCUAUUGGGCAACAUAAAUCAAUGCCAUGCAGCGAUUGGCCAGCGUGAAGGACGCUCCCUGACAGAAAAGAGACUGAGAAAAGACAAGUGCUUGCUUAACUUAACACACACAUUUGUCACAUAUUUCAUUUCUUACAUAGCUUGUGUUUUACAAGACCUGUGUUCAUGGACUUAAAUUUCCCGUACAAAUUGUACAUUCUGCUUAUAACGUGGCUAAAAAAAUAAUAAUAAAUAAUCCAUGUUUUGCCCAUUCA